UCAAAUUUAAACUUUGAUAAAUUCAGCAUCUCUUACUUGUCUUUGUUGUUGUUUUUACUCAUCACAUCCUCAUCCAAAAAUGAUAUUUUCGAACCCCAACAUUUAUUAUUAAGCUUUUAUAUUGAAUCAUAUUAUGCGAUAAUGACAUAAUAGUAUGUAUAUCUUUACACAUAUAUAUGCCCUCAUCAUCGCUUUUUAAUCGAUACUUCCGUAACGACUUCUUCUUCUUCUUGUUUUUGUUUAUAAAACUCUAACCUAAGAAGUUUCAUCAAGUAAAAAAAAAUGGGUGAUGCUUUUAACGACGACGAGUGCGAUUAUCUCUUCAAAGCUGUUCUUAUAGGUGAUUCGGGGGUUGGAAAAUCGAACCUUCUCUCAAGAUUUUCUCGUAAUGAGUUUCGUCUCGAUUCUAAACCAACCAUCGGUGUUGAAUUUGCGUAUAGAAAUAUAAGAGUUGGAGAUAAGCUCAUCAAAGCUCAAAUAUGGGAUACCGCUGGACAAGAACGAUUCCGGGCAAUCACGAGCUCUUACUAUAGAGGAGCACUUGGUGCCAUGUUAGUUUACGACUUAACACGUAGAGCGACGUUUGAUAACCUGCGAAAAUGGUUAGACGAGCUACGACGAUUCGCCAACACGGAUAUGGUGAUUGUACUUGUGGGUAACAAAUCCGAUUUGGUUGAUAAAAGAGAAGUUGAAGAAGAAGAAGGAAGAAAUCUUGCAGAAAAGGAAGGACUUUGUUUCAUGGAAACAUCUGCUCUAGAGAAUGUGAAUGUCGAAGAAGCUUACCUUGAGAUGGUUACUAAGAUUUUUGAAAUCACUAGUCAUAAAAGUGUGCAGGAAAAAAUCGAUACGGACCGUGAAUUAACCAAAAUCGGUGCUGCAAAGCCUAUUGUGAAUAUGGAUGAAGUGUCAGCUACCAUUAAGCAAAGUAGAUGUUGUUAGUUUCCAGUUCUGAUUGCUGUACAUAAUUUUUCUGUCACUGUUUUGCAUUUUACAUAAUUUUUCUGUCACUGUCUUAAGUGUCUCAGUUUCGGCUAUUUUCUAA